AUGGUUGGUGUGAAGACGAUUCUUCUACAAACUGUGUUGCUUUUCGCCGUCGUCACUCAACCCGCCUUGGCACAAACCACCAAUGAGGACUUUUUGAAGAAACCGCACGUGCUCCCAUCAGCGGAACGUGCGUACCACGCGAUCUACCACGAGUUGGACACCAAAAUGGAAGGUGGAGCUAAACAGACGGGAAUGUUCGGACAACUCUACGUGGCACUCAUCGAGGAUCAGUUCACGUUCGGAGGGGACUUGGACGAGUGGCCGAAGACACUCUUCAAAAAUGACAAUAAGGGAUGCAAACCGUUUAUGGGGGCGAAUGUCGAUCACAAGUGUGAUCACGCCUACUUUUUGGUUCAUCAGGAUAUGGUUAAACUCGUGAAGACUACCUUCGACAAGGGCGGCAAAGCCGAGGACCCGAGCCUCGACAAGGUUUGCGCCAGUGCAAAUGAAAGUGGAUUCAUUCCAGAACAAGAUCCGGAUCGCCUCGUCUACAGAUAUGGUCAUCGGGUUCUGAUGACCUACAAACCCGAUGUAAACCACAACAAAUGCAUCGGCACUUAUGAUACUCGCACCGACACGUUCACUUGCAUGAAAUAUGUGGCCGGGCAACCGAAGCUGGUGCCAUUCGAGCUUCAGAACUUCCUUUGGAGUGAAGAUACUGGACACUUUGCACGUGGAACCGGAAAUAUCGAGGUGUUUUGCAAGCAGUUGCACUACAAGCCUGAAAAGUCUCCAACCACCCCAAAAUGA